AACCCACAAUCAUCUGCUCGCAUCCGCACGAUCAGACAUGGCUAUUGAGAGCAACACUUACACCAUCCAGAACGCCUACACCCACGGCUACAUCACCCUUGCGAACGCCAACGAGGGGACUCCUUUGACUGCUGGAAGCUCGGACAGUGAUGCUAACGCACAGUGGAAGGUGACCGUGGUGGGGAACGCGCGCUACAAGAUCGAAAGCAUCAAGUAUUCAAGCAAGUUCGCAAACACCGGCUAUCCCGGACAGCUGCAGGACGUGGUUGUCUCCAAAUCCAACGUUCAGGAAUUCAAGAUCGUCGAGACCACCACCUCUGGCCAGUAUAACAUCGUCUUGACCAACAACGACCUCUUCUGGGGCUUCGACAACGGAGAGAUCGGUACUCCCGUCACCCUCCGCCAGUACCCCACCGACGCGUCCAACAAGUGGAUCUUCGCCAAGGUCUGAGUAUGACCUUCCGCAGAAGGGCACCAGCAUUGGGCCAGCAGUAUGCUGAUUUUGAAGCAUUGUACUGUUUACGAGAGCUCGUUGAAUGGUCGAUACUGUUGAAUGUAGUUAUUCUUGUAUGCAAUUGUGUUUGACAGGUA